AUGACGGACGUCCGAGUGUUUAUCUCUAUUUGUCACCUGCUUAUCUCCCCUCUAUACUACAGCUAUGUCGUUACAGGUUCCCCGCCAGGUGUCCCCAGGAUCGUCAGAGUGACGUCAGUAGGUGCUAACUUAUUGGUCCAGUGGCACCCUCCAGCAAGGACGUACGGUCAUAUACUCCAAUACCAAGUUAUUUAUAAUGUACUGCCCGACAUGCAUGACGUCACCAUGACAACCGACGAGCAAACAUUUGUUCUCAUUCCUGUUGCUGAUCAUCCUGGCCGACUUUACCGCAUCACCGUGCUAGCUGAGAACUCACAAGGGCUUAGCAGACCCUCUAAUCCAAGAUACAUCCGAGUUACUUUCGGAUGUGGUGGGAAAAAACACGUGUUACCCGAGACUUCUGUAAUCGUGACGUCAUCAUUCUACCCAAAGAGGCUCGAGCCCAGUGCUGUGUGUAAAUGGGAUAUCUCGACAAACACGUCGUUCGUUCUUAAAUUUGAAAUAGAGGAUAUUGAUUUUAAUGAUGAGAGUUGCACAAAGGACUUCAUUAAAAUGACUGGCCUGGAUGUAAACUAUGAACAAAAGCUUUGUAACAAGAGCAAAAGUCAGUUCGUAUCAGAAGGAAACUGGACCAGUUUGACGCUUCACACCGGAAGUAGUGGAUCCGGAAGAGGGUUCAAGGUCAGGAUACUAUCUAUAGUGCCUGUUCCUGAACAGCCAGCUAAUGUCAAGGUCGCUGCCUUCGACAAAGCCAUCAAGGUGACCUGGGCGCCCCCUGUCGACUAUAACGUUAACUACAUCACUGCCUACAGAGUACGAUACUUCGUUUUCCCGUCCUCGCGCACACUGGUCGUCACGUUAUCGGCUCGUAGACGAAGUUUCGUCAUCAGCACAAGAGGUCAUGAAGGUCAGUUGUAUGUAGUCAAGGUCAGUGUGAUGCACCAGUUCCAGGAGGGUCCACCGUCAUCCCCAUUUUAUGUUAAUGCAGCAUGUUCGACAAAUAUUGUGCUGCAGCCAAACAGUAUCAUUAAUAUAACAUCUCCGGGAUAUCCAGGGAAUUAUUCACCUCAUGUUUUAUGUCACUGGAAGAUAACUUCCGGAUCCGGUCGGCCAUUUUAUUUCCGGAUGAUAUCGAUGGAGAUUGAGGAAAGCCUUUAUUGUAAUAGUGACUAUGCAUCUGUGUCAUUGUGGGGUAACAACAGACGUUGUGGUGUUAUUUCAUCCCCGGAACAAUUUGCCUUGGUGUCAGGAGAAUUAACGCUGACAUUUGUGACUGAUUUUCAACACGAGGCUGCAGGAUUUUUAGCAGAGGUUAAGUCAGACUUGUCACACCUACAACAGACAGUCAAAGCCACAGUGCCAUCUGAACCCCGUGUUAGUAGGACGUCUCCACUGGCGUCUGUUAACACAAUAGCGGUAGCGGAGGGAACACAUCUUAGUGAAGAAUAUUUGACGUCCAUGUUUAAAGAAAAUAAUGGCGACUCCAGCUCUGAGCCAUCGACAAUUGUCACUGAUCUACUGGAAAGUUAUAAUACACCUACUACUGUAAACAUCACACGUGAUGUCGAAAUUCAGCUGUUACUGCAGAGACGCAAAGAUUCUACAGCAGAAACUAAUAUAGGGAAACAUAUUGAACAACGACUCCUUAACAAGCUCAUCAACGCGUUUAACACCACCAGGCUUUUCAGACACGUGACAAUAUCAAACAUUGGACCGAUCGGGCUAAAGAAACCAGUACCGGUCAGUAUCGUGGUCAACUACAGUUUCUGUGGUCUGGUAGCAGUAAAACACUGUGAGCCAUCUUUCAGCUUGAUGAAACACAUAAACGUUACCAGUCUUCAGAAGCUGACGUCACAUCCGGUCAUUUCAGAGGGAUGGGAGAUAGAUCCGGUAUAUUUGCAAACAUUUCGAACAGCCAUCAGUGUCGAAAACCAAGAACUCAAUGCCAUAUGCAAUCCUCUUCGUGACGUGUGUGGUGACUACAGACCUUGUGAAGAUAACAUCGAUGUAGUGAUUUCAUCACUUGGACAGUCACGUGACCAUGAAAUGUCAUCUCCUACGUCAUUUAUUAUUGCUGUUGUGGUGAUCUGCCUCGUUCUUAUAUCGUCUUGUGCGGUUUUGAUGAAAUUUCGAAAAUAUAAACACGAUCGUCGGAAAAUCCAUAUGUCGAUCGAGGACAACAUAAGAAGCGACGUAGACAAAUUCUCUUGGUUCAUAAAUGACACUGCAGCACUAGAGAAAAGGUUACGGAUGAAGCGAGUUGUGAGGCGAGGCAACAGUUUUUGA